AUGUCUCUUCUUCUCCAUCUCAAAUUAAUCACCGUACUGCUAUCUCUUACAGUCCCGUUCGUCGCUUCAUUAUCCUUCAAGUAUGACAGCUUCAGUUAUAAAAAUGAUGAUGGCAUGGUUUAUGAGAGAGAUUGCGCUGUCCGAUAUGAUCGUAUCAUUCAACUAGUACAAAGUCAGGUUAACGUUGGUCGAGCUUUUUAUAAUAAAAGCUUGCCGCUUUGGGACAAAACGACGGGAGGACUCGCAGACUUCACCACCCAUUUCUCUUUUGUUAUCGAUUCAGAUAACAGUUCCUCGUACGGAGACGGGAUGGCAUUCUUCCUUGCGCCUGAAAAUUCAACAAUUCUGACUGUUAGUGGUGGAGGCUCUUUUGGCCUUACGAAAGACGACGAGCCCUUAAAAUCAAUAUCCAAUCCGUUUGUUGCAGUGGAGUUUGAUAUUUUUCACAACGAGUGGGAUCCGCCUGGUGGUGAGCAUGUGGGUAUUGAUAUCAGCUCCAUGUUCUCAACGAAAACAAUUCCAUGGUGGAGUACGAGUAAAAUCAAGGGUGGAGAGAAAAAUGAAGCAUGGAUCAGUUACAAUUCAAGUACACAAAACCUGAGUGUAGCUUUCACUGGCUUUAGAAAUAACGUCACAGUGAUGCAGUACCUUGAUUAUAAAAUAGAUUUGAGGGAGUCUUUACCUGAGUCGGUCAAAUUUGGCUUCUCAGCAGCAACCGGAAGCUCAUUUGCAAAGUUUAGUGUUAACACUUGGGAAUUCAAUUCAACCUUAGAAGCUGCAAAUCCUUUCGUCGAGAGAAAAAGAAGAGAAAGAAAAAUUACAACAGAGCUUGCAGUGGGACUGAGUAUUGGUGGGGUUGUUUUGGUUGGAGGGUUUGUUUUAGUUUGUCUGGUUUCCAUGCGUAGGAAGAGAGGCAACCAAGAUGAUGAAGAUAAACAAAUGUUCAGCGAGUCUUCUGCUUAUCUGCAUUUUCGAAUUCGUAUGGGGACAUUAUUUCUGAAGGAAGCCAAAACCUGA